AUGCCAAUCCUUAUUCAUCAUCCUGUAAACAAGUCCUUCCCUCACUUCAUCCCAUCCUUAUCCUUCAAGAUUCCGAUUACUUACUCCACUGCCAUUCAAACCAAAGCUUCUUCAAAAUUCCCACUUGCAAAAACACCAAAUUUCCCUUCAAAACCUUGCAGUGGCUUGUGUUUUUCCUUACAGUUACCAAAUAGGCGUACCCGUGUUCCGUUUUGUUCCAAGAAUGGAGUUCUUGAGGAUUAUACAGAUACCCUUUUGUCCAAAAAGACUGAAAAUGAAUUUGAAGAGCUCGAGUUACUUAACAAGCCAUUUCCAAAGCAAUUAGAUGAUGGAUCUGCUGAAGAAAUAGUGGAAAUUGAACCGCAGAAACCUGAUAAAGAUGAAGUCUUGGAGACUUUUUACAAGUUCUUUAGGCUAUCUGACGAAGAAAAUGAUUUGGAAGAUAGUAAAAUUGAGAGUUCUAGUCUGGAGGAGUCUAAUAAAGUGAGUGUAGAGUAUUAUGAGCCGAAACCUGGUGAUUUAGUGUUGGGAGUAGUUGUUUCGGGGAAUGAAAAUAAGCUUGUUGUGAAUGUGGGUGCAGAUUUAUUAGGAAUAAUGCUGACUAAAGAGGUGUUGCCUUUGUAUGACAAGGAGAUGGAGCAUUUGUUGUGUGAUGUGGAGAAGGAUGUCGAGGACUUUAUGGUGCGAGGGAAGAUCGGGAUAGUGAGGAAUGAUGAGGCAGUGAAUGAGGAACUGAAGCCAGGGACACCUGUUGUGGAGCCUGGAACUGUUCUUUUUGCUGAGAUUCUUGGCAGGACUCUUAGUGGCCUUCCAUUGCUUUCAACCAGAAGGCUUGUUAGGCGCAUUGCUUGGCACCGAGUGAGGCAGAUUAAGCAGCUCAAUGAACCGAUAGAGGUUAAAAUAACCGAGUGGAACACUGGUGGUCUCCUUACAAGAAUAGAAGGGCUGAGGGCUUUUCUUCCAAAGGCUGAAUUGAUGAAUAGAGUAAACAAUUUCACACAACUGAAAGAGAACGUUGGACGGCGAAUAUAUGUGCAAAUUACCAGAAUAAAUGUAGAUACCAAUGAUUUAAUACUCAGUGAAAAGGAAGCUUGGGGGAUGUUGCAUCUACAAGAGGGAACACUUCUAGAAGGAACUGUGAGAAAAAUCUAUCCAUAUGGUGCUCAGAUAAGGAUAGGCAAUACCAAUAGGAGUGGAUUGCUGCAUAUUUCAAACAUCACCAAAGGCAGAAUUACUUCUCUUACUGACCUUUUAGCAGUUGAUGAGAAGGUUAAAGUUCUGGUUGUGAAAUCCAUGUUUCCUGACAAAAUUUCUCUCAGUGUCGCUGACCUCGAAAGUGAACCUGGUCUAUUUUUAUCGAACAAGGAGAAAGUAUUUUCUGAAGCGGAAGCGAUGGCAAAAAAGUACAGGCAAAAAUUUUUAGCCACUUCAGCUACCCGCAAAGUGGAAGCCCCUCCCAUGGAUGGCUUACCUUUUGAAAAUGAAGAGACUUCGUAUGCUAACUGGAAAUGGUUCAAAUUUGAAAGAGACGACGCAACAAAUCCAUGA